AUGGGUUCUAGUUCGCCAACUUUCUCACUUCCUCCCCAACGGGCUGUAUUUGCGGGCUUAUUAUUUGAUAUGGACGGUACCAUUAUCGAUUCAACCAGUGCCGUUGAAAAGCAUUGGCACACGAUCGGUGAGGAGUUAGGAGAAGAUCCUAACGUGAUAUUGCAGACGUCCCAUGGGCGACGUAGUAUCGAUGUCCUGAAGCUGCUUCGUCCCGAAAAGGCGACCUGGGAGUAUGUCAAACAUAUGGAGGGGCAACUUCCGUUGAAGUAUGGCUCCGAUGCGGUCGAGAUUCCUGGUGCAAGGUCGUUAUUGGACUCCAUUAGAGGGGCAAAUGUUCCCUGGGCAAUCGUCACGUCCGGUACCAUGCCGCUUGUCUCCGGAUGGCUUGACGUCUUAAAGCUACCACACCCAGAGCACCUAGUUGUUGCAGAAGAUGUGGAGAAUGGCAAGCCUGACCCCACCUGUUAUAUCAUGGGUCGAGAGAAGUUAGGGUUGCAAAGUGACGCCGAGGUCCUCGUACUGGAGGAUAGCCCAGCUGGAAUCAAGGCGGGCAAGGCCGCUGGCUGUAAGGUAGUGGGGGUCGUCACCUCGCAUACUGUUGAGCAGAUUGUUGAUGCUAGGCCUGACUGGAUUAUCAAGGACUUGGAUAGCCUUAAGAUGGUGGGCAAUUCGAACCGGGGCGUGGAGUUGGAGUUCCUGAACGCACUCAACGUUAAAUGA